AUGAUGUGUUCGAGCGAUACGGUGAGCCAUCAAAAUCUAAUCCAGAAUAGGGCAUCACAGCAUCAACCAUGGCUAACAUCGGUCAGCGAAGAGCAUAUGGACUGUGAUAUGGAAGACUGUAGCAAUCGCGGGACUUGCAGCGGAAACAAGAAAUAUUUCGCUUGUCUCUGUUUCAAGCCCUACUAUGGUCGUCGAUGCGAGUAUGAGUAUGUGGAGGUGGACCAUGUCAAUCUGCUUGCCCAUAUACCAAAAGGAAAAACUCGGGCAUUGCUCGACGGUGCUUAUGAGUAUUGA